AUGGAGGCUGAGCUGCGCAGGUGCCUCCCCAAAGGCCCGGGCCCUCCCGCUGAGCCCCCGACUGCCGCCCGCCUGGGCUGCUCUGGUGUUCCCACCAGCCGGAACGUCGUGCUGGAAGCUCCAGACCUAUCUCUAGGUGUGACGCCCAAAGGCAGGAUGAGCACAAAUGUCCGAGUUGCAGAGAGCAAGGUGCGCUCAGCUGAUGGACCCGUUUCCAGUGCAGGCAAGGUUCGCCUCCACUGCCUGCCCGCUACUUCUAUUGUAGGUCAAGCUGCUUCCACGUUAUAUGUGAUGCUGACUCGGAGGGAGCUGAUGGGUCUGGGGGCUCGGUGGGCACUGCUGGGCACGCGCUCCAGCCUGUCGGACCCGCUGUCUCUCCUGGUGCGAGCCCCACCGGGGCAGCCCGUGCCAGGUUGCAGGCCUGACCAGGUGAGGAGGAUGUUGCAGUGUAGGAAUAAAUUGCUGGGACAUGUCUGGCUACAACAGACUCCUGGCAUGGUUCGCCCACAGAGGAGCUGCAGYGGCAGGCCUGGAGGCUCAUGUCCUAACUUGAGCGUGAAGCGAGCGGCCUGCGGACUCCCUGUUACUACAACGUAUUCCACUGAGCGAUCUGAGCACUUUAAGCCAUGCAAAGACAAGGAUCUUGCAUAUUGUCUCAAUGAAGGGGAAUGCUUUGUGAUUGAAACCUUAACAGGAUCACAUAAACACUGCCGGUGCAAAGAGGGCUACCAAGGAGUCCGCUGUGACCAAUUCCUGCCGAAAACAGACUCAAUCUUGUCAGAUCCAACAGACCACUUAGGAAUUGAAUUCAUGGAGAGUGAAGAAGUGUACCAGCGCCAGGUGCUCUCCAUCUCCUGCAUCGUCUUUGGCCUCGUCGUCGUGGGUGUGCUCUGUGCCGCAUUCUACUUCAAAGCAAAGAAAGAAACAAAGCAAAUUCAUGAACAGCUGAAAGAAACGCAGAAUAGGAAAACCUACAGCCUAAAUGCUUCCAGCAUGAUGGCCAAGCCAGAGUGUAUGGCACAAAGCCGAGUGCAGCUGCAACACUAUUCAAAAGCAGAUAGGCAUCCUGGGCCGAUGCUGGACAAAGUGAUGGAGUCCAGUUUUUCAGGCCCUCCGUCUUUCCCCGAGGCCUUGUCUCCUGAGAGAGGAACCCAGCCCGUCAAGCAACACAGAAGCCUGUCUUCAUGCUGCAGCCCAGGACAAAAAGGAGGGAUUCUACAUAAAAAUGCCUUUCGGAGGACUCCUCCCUUACCUCGGGGUAGGUUCAAUGGAAUCACAGGACCAGCAUAUCAGCAGCUAGAAGAGUCAAGGAUCACAGACCAGGACAYAGUACCCUGUCAACGGUGUUCAUCCAGUGUUUUAAAAACUCCUCAGAAUACUUCAAUAAAUAUGCAACUGCCUUCAAGAGAGACAAGCCCUUAUUUUAAUAAUGUGGAUCAGAAGGACUUGGUUGGAUAUUCGUCUUCAAGGGCCAACUCAGUUCCCAUCAUCCCAUCUGUGGGCUUGGAUGAAGCCUGCAUGCAAAUGCAAAAUGUUCCUGAAGUAACAGGCAUCAAAUGGUGCAAAAACUCCUAUUCUGCUGAACUUGUCAAUGUGAGUUCCCCAGUCAGUAAUUGUCUUAUAGCAGAACAACAUGAAGUGAAAAUAUUGCUAGAAACUGUCCAGRAGCAGAUCCGAAUUCUGACUGAUGCAAGGAGGUCAGAGGACUACGAACUGACGAGCCUAGAACCAGAGAACAGUGCAAGUGAAAACACAGCAUUUCUGCCCAUGAGCCCCGUGGCCAAAUCAGAACGAGAGGCACAAUUUGUCUUAAAAAGUGAAACACAAAGAGACUCAGUAUUGACCAAGUGACUUUGUGUGGGGGUUGUGGGAGGGAAAAUAAGAGAUUGGUGCAUUUGAUGCUUUGCUAAACAGGAAAGGAGGAAAUUAAAUACAAAUUAUUUAUAUGCAUUAAUUUAAGAGCAUCUACUUAGAAGAAACCAAAUAGUCAAUCGCCCUCAUAUCAUAGUGUUUUUUAAAAAAAUAUUUUUUUAAGGGAAAGAAAAGUUCCAGGAGGGAUGAAGCUUACAUCAAGUGCUUUCUAAGCAGGAUUAUAGAUACAGUUUCAGUUAUUGAGCAUUUUAAAACUGUCCUGUUUGGCUGGUAGAAGGCUUAGGUUAUGUGUAUUUUUUUCAGUAAAAUCCAAGACCAUUCUUAGAUUCAUGGCUGGUUUCAGGGUAGUGCUGCAGUCACCUGCUGACCAGGGACUUGGUCCUGACAUGAGCCUGGGCCGCUCUUCACCUCUUGGCUCCAGGUUCAUAGCAUGAAAACAAAGCCACAAAGACCAAUUCCUUGCCCAACUUCUGUGGUUUGCCACCAAUUGCGGAAUUGAUAGUAAAUCUGCAGAUGAACCAGACGCUUAACCCUUCUUUACUGUGUAAACCCAAGAAAGUUGUAGGAGGAGGUUUGGGUUGGGGAAAAGUCCUGUGGGGUUGGGGCCUACCACAAGGCAGGUAUCAGGAAACGCAGUCACUCUGCCCUGCUCUGAGCUUUGCUUGUCCAAGCAGGAUCCAUGGAGAAAACAAGAGAAGCAAACUGGAAGUGCAAGAAUGUUUCAUGGCAGGUUUGGUUUUGUUUGUUUUUAACAGUGGGAAUGUAAACUCCAUUGUUCGUUACUAAACCCUCCACGUUACUGAAUCGUUAUACUUUGAAGGCAUUUGUAUAAGCACCCAGGAGCACUUCUGAGUGUGUAUGUGUAUUUUUUUAAACUUAUUUUUAUUAUGGGUUGUUCAGAUAUGAAUCAGGGAGAUCCAAUAUGAUCAAAAUCCAGCAGAAGUGUGUUCAUGCUGCCCUAAUUUGUUCCUGCUUUUAGUUCUCCAGUCACUUUAAUUAAUCAUGGCUUAGGCUUGUGAACUUUAAAGCUUCAACCCUGAAGAUGGUUCAGUACAGACAGACCCACAAACUUGCACAUUUCUAACUCUAAUGGGCAGUACAAGAGCAAAUGUUUCUCACCAAAUCAAUCCCUGCACGGGAUCAAGGCCUUAGAGAAGAAAUGCCAUUUCCUGGUUGCAGUAUCCCAAGCACAUUAUAAAUAUAUUUUUGCAUUUUUUUUUCUUUUGAGAUCCUCUUCACCCCCAUACAACUGUAACAUAUGUCGAUAGUGCAAUGAAUUGGGUCCCGAGACACACGCAUUCCUGUUUUUAUUAUUAUUAAAAAUCUGCUUAAAUUACUUGUGGGGAAAAAAAAGGAAAAUGAAGUAUGGUAAAUAAUUGCCAAACAGCCUUCCCUAGGUAAUGUCAGAAGAUUGAUUAAAGGAGAAAAUUAUCGUAUAUACAGAUUGUAUUAAAAAUAUUACUUUGCAGCAAAUGAAUUACUACAUUGAUUCGAUGUGCCCCAGACUUUCCAGUUCACAUGUUUCAAGACUUUUCAAAAUAGCACAAUUGAUCA